AUGAGCCUUUCCCUGGCGGACCGUCUUGUUGAACUAAAUGACGCCCGAGAAAAAGGGCUCAUAACUACUGAAGAAUAUAAAACACUGAGAACCCGUAUUUUAGAGUCGUUUUCACAAGUAUCUUCAACAAUUACCACCGUUACUACUGCUGCUAGCAUUACCAGCAACAAUAAUAGUUCCUCUCAAGGCCGUCGGUCUAUCCCACCGCCAGUUCCACCUCCGCUGCCACCACCAUUACCACCACCCUUUUCAACUUCAAAUGUAAUAAUACCUGUACCUAUGGUUCAACGAAUUCCACCGUUCGAACAUGCAUCAACAUCUGGUCAAAUAUUUACACCUCCGAACGCGGCGGCUACCACACCAAAUUCACCCCCGCCUUCGCCGCAACCACAUUCGAGUGCUGCAGUGCCAACACCAUCGAACAUUCCACAAAAUGGAACUAGAACUUUACCUGACGAAUCGUUCUUGCAAAAAAGAAGAAAUGUACGUUCAUUUACCAUUUCUGAGGUUCCCUCUUCAAGUGAACAACAGCGUAUUAAUAUUCAAGAAUUUGAGCAACAAUUACCAGAGAUGCCACCGCCUCCCUAUACACCUCCAGAAUCAAGAAGACGUGGAUCUUCAAGUUUCUUUAAACCAAAAACUGCGGCGGAACUCCGUCAAGAAUUAGACAAACUUAAGGAGUACGCAAAGCGGGAACAGGAUUCUUGGAAGAUGGAAGAGGCACGAUUAUCGAUGAGGAUAGGCACGAAACCCGAGGAACUUGAGCGAAUUCGAAAAAAAAUGAGAGAUUCUGCAGAGAAAUAUAAGAAAAAGAUUGAUGUGGCCAAUUCGAAAUUGAGACAGGCUAUUGAACAAGGAUUUUAA